UCUUCAGUAUCAAAUAUCCAACUCUUCGACCUUGAUGAUGAAGGCCCGUCUGGCCUUCCUGGUUCGAAUGAGAUUAAUUGGUCUUCAGGCCUUUUGCAUGUCUGGCUCAUCCAAGUAAAUGGACUUGAAGAUUGCAAACUGACCUUCAGUAAGCCAGUUAGAUCGGCUCGACCUGCUAGUAGGCAUCGAAUUCAUCAUGUCCAGCAAAUAAACUUGCCUAAAAGGUCGGCUUCAUUUUCUUCUUUGACACCACUUCCAUCUCCCUCUGAACAUUCCUCUUCCUCUUUCUCUUCCUCUUCCUCAUUCAGUUCUCUAAAGCAUAUUAGACUCGCCACUACCGGCGAUGCUAUCUCACUCAACGAUUCUCCAAAGCUUCCAUUCGCCCGUCUCGGCAAUGCUUCUAGUUUGCGGUCUGACUUUCCAGCCGAUUAUGACAUCGACAAUCCCAACAACUCUAGCUCACCUGAUUGGUUGCCUCGUGUUGACAAGAGCAGGACCAAUCGGCUCCGCGUCGACUGUGACUUGUUUUCAUCCGCCUGCUGCCCAGCUGAAACUGGGUGCUUUUGUAUGUCCCAGGCCAAGGUUAACGCCUUGUUUCAUCUAGCUGGGGGUCUUUUUAGCCUUCAAGUCAUCCACUUAGCUUUGUGUGGCCGGUCAGAGGGUUCAAGCUCAUCGUCAUUUGCGGGAAGAAUUGUCGGAGUCAGACACGAGGAAGCUUCCUUCCAAACAGAAGUGGUUCCACCAAGUGAUGCGGGUCCCAUUUAUCUGGCCGCAUUUGCUAAUAAAGGAUACUGGCUCAUUCGCUUUCCAUCACCAUCCCUUGCUCCUGCAUCCACGCAUAACCCACCUGCAAUUUGUCAUUUUUGGGAUCCAUUACUACUCCAACAGCUCCAUCCAUCUAUGUCUACUCACAUAAUACCAUCACCUCAUGGGAGUGCUGUCUGGUAUGGUUUUCUACAUUCGGAUUACGGACUUCUGAUCCGCAUAUCCUUUGAUCCCUAUGGUUUCGCUCUGCUGCUUGAUGCAAGGUCAAUCUUAUUCGCUGAUCUGCCCCCGCUCUGGUCAACCAUACCCGAUAGUAGCUUUACAAAAUGCGCAAGACCCUCUAAACGAUAUCCAGAAUUAGAUUCAUCUUGUUGUCAUAAGAUUGAUUUGUCUGAUGUAUUUGCUCUGGCAGUCAGGUUGGCUCAUCAGCUCGACCUAGGGCGCAGGUUGGAACUACCAUUUAGACUGGCUCAAGUUGAACGAGGAUCCGGUAAAAAAGACGAUCACUUGUUGAUCGGCUUUACUGAGUCACAUUCCAGCAUGGCAACGGUUACCCGUCCUGAUGGGCGGCUCGUAAUCUGGCUAGGCUUUCUCAUCGUAAUUGACCUUGCUUUGUCUAAGAGCAAGGGUAACCAUGAAGUCAGAGGCCAUGUGCUAUCUGCGAAAAUGAAUGCAUUGGAGAAGGAAGAUAUUCAGGCUAAUGAGCGUAGCUUGCCAAAGCUGGUUCGUGUCAUUUUUUUAGACUAUGGGCCAAACUUGUUGUUGACAGAAGAUGGCAGCAGCGUGAUCAACUAUCGCCUCUCUCGAAUCGACUUGAAUUCAGGAUUAGUUAUGCCUGGCCUUUUCGAAUGCACUGCCGGCAUAGGAGGCAGUUAUGGGGUUCAGUUCAAUAUAAAGGCUAGUCUUGAGGCUCUUAAGCUGAUUGAAGCCGACAUAAGAAAAAAAGCGAAGACAGAAGAACAAAUAUGUCGAUAUGAAGUCGUACCCUGUAAUACAGACAUCCUUAACGAGAGUAUUGCGCAUGGCCAUGAUUAUAAACAAAGUUGCGAUACUGGUCUCUCUCAUAAAAGCCAUAACAAACACCAUAGUAGCCUAUCCUUCGGCAAGUCUCUGGUCCCAUAUGCCCCUGUUUUCUUGAUGGGCCUUCGACUCACUUGUCAUGGACAGCUACUAAUCGGUCAGCGUCAUAUUCCCGACAAGAUUGUUCGCAUUCCAGGAUAUCAGACUCCGACCUGCGAAUCGAACAACCAAGUUGGCUCUUUUCAUACAACUCGCGUUGUUACUACUGUUGUUAGUGCUAACGCCCCUGGAAAAAGCCAGACUAUUGAUGCUAAGCACUCACCCUUAAUGAAGUCAGCGAAAACUAAACUUCAAAAUCAAAACUGGUUUCUUACGGAAGCUGAUGAAACUGAAUCAUUCCAAAAAGCUAUAUCCAAGAGUUCACAUAAAAGUAAAACCUCCCUUAAAUGUCCUUCAGCUAAUUCUUUGGGCACCAUUCAAAGCGAGUCACCACAUCAACCAGAAAAUAGUCUGGCUUUUAGUUCCUCGACGCUCGACUUUGCCGGCAUGCCGGCUCGCUGUCUUCAGGUAUACCGUAUAGCGGAUGGAUUCCGUCUGGUCAACUACUGCUUUGAAACGGAACCAGCCGAGCUCUGGCUACAUGAAUCGGAGAGUGUUGUGGUACUAGCCUUUUACAAUGAGCGCUUCAAAGUUUUCAAUUUAUAUCUUCCUAUUUCCGCUUCUGGACCGACAGCAAGAGGUAUGUGGUCAUCAGCAGGAUUCAAGAACAACAGAGUUUGUGGUCCACACUCGGAUAUGCAGAUGACAAAACAUAAAAAAGGCGUGCAUGGCUGUAGGAGGAUCCAACCAAGAUUUCGUCGUUUAGGGCUGCUUAAAGAACUUUGA